AUGGGUGAAAUUGCUCUGGAGAGCAUUAUCAACGGUGCCAACAGUACCAGUGGCAUAAAUGGCGUCGUAACCAAGAGGAAACGCCCGAUUGCCAUUGACGAACCUGUCGGCCUUGACGAGAAAACACGUGCGAUAGGCUGGGGCAGCGAUGCAAUUGCCGAACAAAUUGCACGAUUGGACAUCCCAUACAUCGCACUGUCUCCAGGGUCAAGUUAUCGAGGGCUUCACGACAGCCUGGUCAACUAUAACGGCAAUACCCCCCAGAUGAUUGUCUGUCUGCAUGAAGAACACACGGUGGCAGUAGCCCAUGGGUAUGCCAAAGUCACAGAGAAGCCGAUCUUGGCCGCCGUACAUGCCAACGUCGGACUUCAGCACGCUUCGAUGGCUAUUUACAAUGCCUUCUGUGACCGUGUCCCUGUCGUGGUUCUGGGAGCGACCGGACCCCUGGACUCUGAAAGGAAACGGCCUUGGAUCGACUGGAUUCACACCUGUACAGAUCAAGCAGCCAUUGUCAGACCGAGUCUCAAGUUCGACGACCAGCCAUAUUCAGUCAAUGCAGCCACCAAGGCCUUGGCGAGGUGUUAUCAAGUGUCGGCGACCAAGCCAUGCGCUCCCAGCUACCUUUGUCUCGAUGUUUGUCUGCAAGAAGACAAGUUCGACGCCUCUAAGCUGGAGUUCCCAGAUCUUGAACGUAUGAAGCCGCUCCCACCGCAGGGGCCGGAUCCAUCAGUGGUUGACAAAGUGGUCGCCUUGUUGGGGGAGUCUAGACGGCCACUCUUCAUGUUUGGCCGAGUGAACCGCUCGCAAACUUCAUGGAACGAGCGUGUCGAACUGGCAGAGACGGUCGGGGCCUAUGUCAUGACCGAUCUCAAACAAGGAGCGGCAUUCCCAUCCCGCCAUUCUCUGCAUCCCGCGGCUCCGGCUGUUUUCACAACUCCUCAAAGUAUUGAUCUCAUCAACGCGGCCGAUUUACUCGUCUCGUUCGACUGGGUGGAUCUUGCAGGCACGCUGAAGGCAGCAGAGGCAUCCCUGCAGGACACAAAAGUGGUGCAUAUCUCCAUGGAUUCCAUUCUUUUCAAUGGCUGGUGCAAGGAUCAUUUUGGCGUGCCUCCAACAGACGUAGCCGUGUUUGCCGACCCGGACAAGACUCUGACUGCUUUGCUUGCUGGCGUCAAGUCCGCCAACGUACAUCCCAAGGACUGGAGCGGUGUCGAGGCUACCAAGAGGUUACCACCACCGAGCAUGCCCGAUGUCCCGGCGGAUAAGAUUCUCAUGGGUCAUCUGGCGGCUAAUCUCUUUGAGGCUCUCGGAAACGCGAAUCAAGAAUACUGCUUGAUCAGAUUGCCCUAUGGAUGGCGGGGCUACGAUCUCAAUGCCACGGGACCCUUGUCAUUCCUCGGGUUGGACGGGGGUGCCGGCAUCGGAUCAGGACCAGGCCAAACGGUUGGCUCUGCUUUGGCCCUAAAAGAUUCCAAAAUCCUUGCUGUCUCUAUCCUUGGUGAUGGCGAUUUCCUCAUGGGUGGCAAUGCUCUGUGGACGGCUGCUCACUGCCGCCUCCCAUGUCUUAUUCUUGUUGCCAAUAACCGUAGCUUUUACAACGACGAAGUGCACCAAGAACGUGUUGCUCGAGCUCGUGGUCGACCAUGGGAGAACAAGGGGAUUGGCCAGCAGAUCACGGAUCCUAUCCCCGAUCUCAAUACAUUUUCCAAGGCGUUGGGUUUGACCGUCCCAGGCCCGUGUGUGACGGACCGCAAAGAUCUGCCUCAAAUGAUGGCCAAAGCCGUCAAGUUGGCCCAGGAAGGCCAUUCAGUCGUCAUGGAUAUUGGGAUUCUGCCAGAUGGUUAUUCUAAUGCCUUAGAGAAGGCAAGGUGA